ACUUGCGCCCUGCGCCUGCCUCACCUCGGCUCGCAGGUUGCCCCGCGCGCACCCGGGCUGCGCCCCCGCCCUCCCGGGAGCAGCUGCGCCAGCAGCAGCGGGCAAGCCCCUCCCUCCAUCCCCCAUCAGAGAGACGACAUGGGCCUGGGGACCACCUGCCCGUGCAGGGGCCCCCUGUCCCGCCCCCAGGUGUCGACCUGGAUCGAGCCCGUGGUGGCCUCCACCCAGAUGGCCGCCUCCCUCUACGACGCGGGGCUGCUCCUCGUGGUGAAGGCGUCCUUCGGAGGCGAGGUCUUGUCCAACCACAGCGCUAGCCUGUCUACCCUGGGGGCUCUAGAGAACCAACAGCAGAGGGCCAUCUCCAACUUCUACAUCAUCUACAACCUUGUGUUGGGCCUGACACCCCUGCUGUCGGCCUAUGGGCUGGGCUGGCUCAGCGACCGCUACCACCGCAAGAUCUCCAUCUGCAUGUCUCUGCUGGGCUUCAUGCUCUGCCGCCUCGCGCUGCUGCUCAAGGUGCUGCUGGACUGGCCCGUGGAGAUGCUCUACGGGGCGGCAGCGCUGAACGGGCUGUGCGGUGGCUUCUCAGCGUUCUGGUCGGGGGUCAUGGCCCUGGGAUCCCUCGGCUCCUCGGAGGGCCGCCGCUCCCUGCGCCUCAUCGUGAUCGACUUGAUCCUGGGCUUGGCGGGAUUCUGUGGGAGCAUGAUCUCGGGGCACCUCUUCAAGCAGCUAGUCGGGCACUCCAGCCAGGGCCUGGUGCUGACCGCCUUCAGCGUGAGCUGUGCCACCUGUGCCCUUUUCUACAGCCUCUUCGUGCUGAAGGUCCCUGAGUCCACGGCCAAGCCCAGCAAGGCUAUGGAUACGGUGUCUGGCACAGUCUGCACCGAUAACACCCUGGAUCCUGAUCCGACAGACAAGCAGUGUGUGCUAAGGCACCCUUCAUCUCCUGCAAAAGCAAAGCCCAAGAAAACCAUUAUUGCUCUGCUCUUUGUGGGUGCCAUCAUAUAUGACCUGGCAGUGGUGGGCACAGUGGACAUGAUGCCCCUUUUUGUGCUGAGGGAGCCUCUGAGUUGGAACCAGGUGCAGCUGGGCUAUGGUAUGGCUUCAGGGUACACCAUCUUCAUCACCAGCUUCUUGGGCGUCUUGGUCUUCUCCCGCUACUUCCAGGACACCACCAUGAUCAUGAUUGGAAUGGUCUCCUUUGCGUCUGGAGCCCUUCUCUUGGCUUUUGUGAAAGAGACAUACAUGUUCUACAUUGCUCGGGCCGUCAUGCUGUUCGCUCUCAUCCCCAUCACAACCAUCCGAUCGGCAAUGUCCAAGCUCAUCAAGGGCUCCUCUUAUGGAAAGAUGUUUGUCAUCCUGCAGCUGUCCCUGGCUCUGACCGGGGUGGUGACAUCCACCAUGUACAACAAGAUCUAUCAGCUCACCAUGGAGAAGUUCGUUGGCACCUGCUUUGCACUCUCCUCCUUUCUCUCCUUCCUGGCCAUCAUCCCGAUUGGCAUCGUGGCCUAUAAGCAAGCCUCGUGGUUGCAGCACGGAGACAUCGCAGAGAAAGGAAGGUGCUGAACUGCGGGAGCCGGAAACACCAGCAAUGGCCGGGGCCCCCAAAGUCUACCCAUUACUCAAGAAACCCGAGUUCCAGCCAGAGUCAGCUUCAGAGCGACUUGCUCUGGCUCAAGGGUCCCUAGUGGGUAGGGAAAAAGCAUUUUGCAGACAGUAGAGUGUGAACUUUCAUAUGAAGGCCGCACACACAGCCAUACCAGACACUGAAGCCCUUUUUCUUCCAGGAAUGGAAGGGGCUUCUGUCUGGUAUGAGGGCUCCAACAUAUGGUAACUAGUCACACCCAGGAGUCCUGUGUGAGAACUCAAAGGCACACAUUUUCAACAGCCCGAGGGGAACAGGGAAGGGAUGUUUUGUAAGCACUGCAAACAGUGGACGUCAGUCAAUAUUUUAAAAAUAGAAACUUGAAAAAAAGUUAGCUUUCUUCCCGGAAGGCCUUGUUAGCUUUCUUCCCGGAAGGCCUUGUUAUCUGUGAACAACUAACUCCAGAGAAAUCUGGAGCUCAGGCAUUUGACUUCAGGGUAGUUUUGCUGUUACUGUUGUUUUUAAGAAGCAAAUAUCAAAAGGCUUUCUUCAAAGGAAUACAAUUGGAUACUUUCAGUCAACAGUAUUUCCCAAAGUGGGAGGUGUAAACGGAGUGGGGUGAUAUUACUAAGAGCCAUUUUAUUUUGAGGUACUUAUUUUUACAGCCUAUUUUAAUUAUGUGUAUAAAAGACUCACCUACUAAUAAAAUCAACAUUCACAGCA